UUACAAACAAACCAUCGUGGCGGGAACGGCCUUCACCUUGACCCGAUGAGCUGAGAGGUCUUUGUUGAAAGCGCGUCCCUCUGCGAAGACUUAUCAUUAUCGACAGGUAACAUCGAUAAACACUCCUUCACUUCAAUCUCUUUUCAAUCGUUGCCAUGGAAAUCAAGGUCAGCUUCAGCGUCUCCAUGGUGAUCGCAGUGGUAUUGGCAGAAGCCAUGAGCUUCCUGUGGUACAACAGCAACUCCCCCUGGGGGCGGAGGGUUGGUGACCGAUAUCUGAUUACCGCCCUUGUUUCUGAUGUUGGGCUGGUGGUUCUUCUGAAGUUCCUCAUGGAGAAUUACUGGAGCAUCGGAAGAUGGGAAGACGCCGCCAUAUUGUCCUGCUUCUUGACCUUGGUGUACAUGACCUUGGAAGCUCCACACAUCGUUCACAACAGCAAUAGUUUCACUCACUGUUUUGCCCAUUCGGUUCACAAGUUUUGUGUCAUGUUCGUCAUGUUGUUAGCCCUCGUUUACUUCAGGCACUACUAAACCUGACUGAGGCACAAGUGGUCCAGGCGUCUAAGGUGCAGCAGUUCGCUGUGUAGAGUUAUGUCCCUUUGGCGGAUCCAGCAGGUUCAUAUCACAGGUUUUCCGAUUCUAAGACUAUGUUUCUAGGUUUGUCAGCACCAUACUGUGCUCGUGGGUUCUUCUAGAGUGGUACAUCACUGUGGACGCCUCGUAGUUCACUGCCAAAUGCAUUCAAUCACAAGGCCUGGUACAAGUAGAGGCUUCUAGUAGGCUGAGAGAAGGUUGAAAACUGUUUUCUUCCUCUAAAAAGACAGUUGGCCUGGAAAAACGAGAAGGGUAUCUUUGACUAUGUCUGUAAGACUGUAACAGUCUUCCAAGACGAUGCUGAUCAAAGGACCAACGAUAGUGCCCUAUAUGAAAUCCCACCCUCACUGAAUACAUAAUUUUGGUGCUAUAGAACUUCCUGCGGGUCAUUGUAUAUGAUAUAUAUAUAUGCAAUUACUCACCAAGUAGAAGCUAAACUGCGCAUCAUUGUAUUGCAAUAUUUAGAGCAAUGAUUUUCGAAAAAGAUAUAUGGAAAUACCUACCCAGUAGAAGCUAAACCAGAAGAUGUAAUUAUCUUCGCCGGUCAACUUGCGCUAUACAAUCAAGUAGUUAACUCUUUCCUUUUCGAGUGCUGAUGUCAUUAGUCUGUGACAAGUUACUGUCGUAGUUUUUAGUUCCCGUUGUAUUUCAUUACUAUCUUAGUGGUCUAAAGGCUCAAUAUAAUUCAUUCAGUUAAAAACAUCUCUGCCGUAUCUCUGCCACCCAGAGAUGUGACUGUAUUCAUUGGCACAGAGCGUGGGAGGUAUUCCUUAAUCAUAUCUUCACUAUGAAACAUCAAUUAAAUGAUUUUAAACUGUUUUGUACUGUUGAACUGGCAUCACGUAACACGUGGCUACGAUGUCCUAAAGUUCAUAGUAGUGGUUACCGUAUUCCUUCAUCUAACUUGCACGAGACUCUUAAGGCAAAUAGUUGUAGGUUUAAAUCUUCAUGUAUAAAUUAUAGAUUAGUAGUGACUCGUGAGAACAAAUUAUCACUACAAAAGACGGGCGUAAUUAGAGAUUUGUGAAAUCCAGAACCAUGUCGAAACUGACAUCAACAUGUGUGACUACUGCCUUAUGUGUCAAUUAUCUAGACUUGCCCAUGGGAGGUAUAAUCUAAGAAUGACUAAAUACGUAUACUAGUAUAUCAUUGAAUGUUCAUGAAAUUGUUAAUCGACUGUGACUUUGGUCUUUCUUCCAACAGCAUGUUUAAUCGGAUCGACCAUGUAGUGUUCUUCGUAUCUACUGCAAUGGAAAACAAGCAGAAAAAUAUCAACAAGACUUUAACUAUUCAAUUAUAAUCGAUCAUGCCCAUAGCUCUCACUGCUUGUUGUAUUGUGAUAACCUGACAUACCUCCUGCAUUUAGAGAACCUAAUUGAUGUUUUAAAACAUUAUUUAACGUUUUGAUCAUUUAUAGUUGUUACAUGUUGUUACGUAUACAAGUAAUAUGUAAACAUGUGUUAUGCUAAACGUCUUCUGAAUAAAGAGUCUACAUUUUC